AUGGCAGCGUCCAUGGAGCUAAGCUUGAACAAUUUACCCUCCGAUCCUUUGCUGUUAAUGUUAUCCUUUCUCGACUUUAGAGAUUUGAUCAGUUGCAGUUUUGUGAGUAGACGACUCAACGAGCUUUCCGGUCACAACCCAUUAUGGAAAGGCCUCUGUUUGAAACAUUGGCUCUUAACUGAGUCAGACAAAAUUCAGAAGGUUCAAACCUGGAAGGAACUCUUCCGAGAGUUCUAUACUGACUUGGGUCGUUACAUUGAUCACUAUGGCACCCUGAAGAAAGCCUGGGAUGACCUGAAGAGAUACCUUGACCAGCAGUGCCCCAGGAUGAUUGCCUCGCUCAAAGAGGGAGCAAAGGAGGAAGAGCUGGAUGGCAUUGAGGCCCAGAUUUGUUGCAAGCUUUCAAAUGACUACCGGUGUUCAUACCGGAUACACAAUGGGCAGAAGCUUGUCGUUCCUGGGUUAAUGGGAAGCAUGGCCCUGUCUAACCACUACCGCUCAGAGGACCUGCUGGAUAUUGAAACGGCAGCAGGUGGCUUUCAGCAGCGCAAGGGCAUGAGGCAGUGUUUGCCCCUCACCUUCUGCUUCCACACAGGCCUCAGCCAAUACAUGGCCCUUGAGGGCACUGAGGGCCGCAGCCGCAGCGAGAUCUUCUACCACUGCCCGGAUCAAAUGGCACAAGAUCCAUCUGCAAUUGACAUGUUCAUCACAGGGUCCAGCUUUACUGAGUGGUUUACCUCAUACGUCCAUAAUGUGGUAACAGGAGAAUACCCCAUCAUCCGGGAUCAGAUCUUCAGGUACGUUCAUGAUAAGCAGUGUGUUGCCACCACGGGGGAUAUUACUGUUUCAGUGUCUACCUCAUUCUUACCGGAGCUCAGCUCAGUGCAUCCUCCACAUUUCUUCUUCACCUAUCGGAUCAGGAUUGAAAUGGCAAAGGAUGCCCUCCCUGAGAAUGCUUGCCAACUGGACAGUCGUUAUUGGAAGAUCACCAAUGCUAAUGGGAACGUGGAGGAGGUCCGUGGGCCAGGCGUUGUUGGAGAGUUCCCGGUGAUGACUCCGGGUAAAGUACAUGAGUACGCCAGCUGCACGACCUUCUCUACUACCUCAGAGUACAUGGAAGGCCACUACACCUUCCACCGCCUCAAGAACAAAGAGGAGAUCUUCGACGUCUGCAUCCCCCGCUUUCACAUGGUUUGCCCUCCGUUCCGUGAGUCAAUUGUACGGUCGCAGGGAUUGGCAAGGGAUGUUUCAAGUGCAUCUUUUAACGAAGACAACUCGUCAGACACCGAUGACCAUAAUGAGGGUGAGCUUCGAGGCAUUAAUAUGGCAGCCCCAGGGGGACGAUGCCCACGCCACAUCUGACACACUUUUCUCACCACAGGACUAAAUUAGGAAAGGGGCUAGGAAGGACUUUCACAAUUACAGAAGAGUAAAGUUUGUUUUUAUUGUUUGUAAAGCUGUAUUUACCAUUGGCUGAUAGUCAUUGCCCUGUGUGAACCUUUCCACCCCAGCUCGAUGAGAUACUACCACAGCCUCUGCAAUAUGCCCUCCCAUGUAAAUCCAAGAUCGCUCCAUUGUUUGUUUUCUUUUUUUUUUUCAACAAUGGAGCGAUCUGGAACUGGACAUUGUCUAUUGAGAGCAGAGGGUUGUCAUGUCUUUUUCAAUAGUAACAUUGUUCAUUCUCUAGCUGGCUGCCUAGUGCAUAGUGCAGAUUGGUGCUCUUUAGCUCUAUCUAAAUCCUGAGUAUUCCCUUUUUUCCUUGGCAUAUGUAGUGUGUGUGUAGUCAUAUUCCUUAUAUAAAAAGCCACAGCAUCUCUACAGGUCCACUGUAGAUGUAUUGUCAAUGCAUCGUCAAAAAUGACAUUUUUUACAUUGCAGCUGUUUCUGCAGCAGUGUUAAACAUGUAUAACUAUGAUGAUCUUAAUCAGAGGUGGUUUUCAAACCAACAAAAAAAAAAAAAAGGAAUUUUAUGGAAACACACAACUCAUAAAAGCUGGGAUGUUUGCACAUGCUAACAACAAUGACAAAGAGAAGCCCACAUCAAAGCUGUUGAGCUACAUUGGAUGCUGUCUGUAUAUCUAAUAGAUAUUCAGGCACAUGUUAAUAUGGGCUUGACUCUGUCAUGCAUUAACUCUGUCAUGCAUUAAUGCAUAUCAUAUCUUAUUAAUUGCAAUGUGAUUAUGACUAUGAUCCUUUGAAAGUCUGCAGAAACAAACAACUGUUUAGUAAAGCAGCCAAUCAGUGUGCAGUUUCUCAUAGAAAUCUGAAUGUUUGAACAAUGAGCUACAGCAUCACACCCCUCUGUAUUUAUUUGGACAGUGAAGCUACAAUUAGUACAUUUGGCUCUAUACUCCAGCAUUUUCAAUUUGAGAUCAAGUGUUUUAUAUGAGGCGACAGUACAGAAUGUCACCUUUUAUUUGAGGGUAUUUCUAUACAUAUCUGUUUUGCUGUUUACAAAUGAAUGCACUUUAUGUACAGUGCCUUCAGAAAGUAUUCCUACCCAUUUACUUUUUCCACAUUUUGUGUUACAGCCUGAAUUUUAAAAUGGAUUAAUUUGAGAUUUUGCUAUCCCUGGCCUACACGUAGUACCACAAUGUCAAAGUUGAAUUAUGUUUUUAGAAAUGUUUACAAGUUAAUUAAAAAUGAAAAGCUGAAAUGUCUUGAGUCAAUAAGUAUUCAACCCCUUUGUUAUGGC